AACGGGAGUGGGGUGUGGGGGGCACUAGGUACUGGUUCCUUUAUUCCGGAAUGCUUGUCUGUAAAUGGGCUGGGGGCAUGCUAGAAAUAUGGCCGGGGGAGCGAUCAGGAGGAUCUGCAGUAGGAGCUAAGGGUGUAUGUCAUAGGGCAGAUGGGAGACUGGCACUGGGGCUAUUUACUGCACAUGGGGUAGAACAUAGGGGGUGGGUGAGGUGCCAUGCAGGAAUGGGCACAGCUAGUCAUACCAACAUAACUGUCGCAGGCAUAGUGCCUGUAUUAUUAUAUAGGAGCCACACAUAACUGACACAGGAAUAGUGCCUGUAUUAUUAUAUAGGAGCCACACAUAACUGACACAGGAAUAGUGCCUGUAUUAUUAUAUAGGAGCCACACAUAACUGACACAGGAAUAGUGCCUGUAUUAUUAUAUAGGAGCCACACAUAACUGAUACAGGAAUAGUGCCUGUAUUAUUAUAUAGGAGCCACACAUAACUGAUACAGGAAUAGUGCCUGUAUUAUUAUAUAGGAGCCACACAUAACUGAUACAGGAAUAGUGCCUGUAUUAUUAUAUAGGAGCCACACAUAACUGAUACAGGAAUAGUGCCUGUAUUAUUAUAUAGGAGCCACACAUAACAGAUACAGGAAUAGUGCCUGUAUUAUUAUAUAAGAGCCACACAUAACUGUCACAGGAAUGGUGCCUGUAUUAUUAUAUAGGAGCCACACAUAACUGAUACAGGAAUAGUGCCUGUAUUAUUAUAUAGGAGCCACACAUAACUGACACAGGAAUAGUGCCUGUAUUAUUAUAUAGGAGCCACACAUAACUGAUACAGGAAUAGUGCCUGUAUUAUUAUAUAGGAGCCACACAUAACUGAUACAGGAAUAGUGCCUGUAUUAUUAUAUAGGAGCCACACAUAACUGACACAGGAAUGGUGCCUGUAUUAUUAUAUAGGAGCCACACAUUACAGGACACAGGAAUGGUGCCUGUAUUAUUAUAUAGGAGCCACACAUUACAGGACACAGGAAUGGUGCCUGUAUUAUUAUAUAGGAGCCACACAUUACAGGACACAGGAAUGGUGCCUGUAUUAUUAUAUAGGAGCCACAUAUAGAUAGCCGACACAGGAAUGGUGCCUGUAUUAUUAUUAUAUAGCAGCAGAUACUGUUGGUUAAACAUAUAAACUGUGUGCAUAUCCAUUUAUAUCAAGGUGUUCAGGACAAGAUGCUUUAUACAAAGUCAGCACCAGACUCAGGAACAGCUCCACCUGGACAGCCUGCUCCAUUUCCCACGGCUCCGCCCCUUAUGCCUCCGCCUUUUAUGCCACCUCCAGGGCUUCCACCACCCUUCCCACCAAUCGGGUUGCCACCAAUUGGGCAGAGACCUCCAGCAAUUCCACCAAUGCCACAUACCAUGCUACCACCUAUGAUUCCCCCUCUGGCAGGCCCUCCGCCUAUUGGCCAGCUUCCAAGUCUGGUGCCUCCCCUAAUGCCAACAAUGAUGCUGCCAGCAGUUACAUCUAGUUCUACUACUGCGCCUGCUCCAGGAGCAGAGUCUGUGAGCUCGCCCGUGGCUCAGCCGGCUCCCACAGUGGCGAAGGCAACAGUGGAGGAAAGUUCACCAGCUCAGGACAUUCCAAAAAAGAAAUCAUUGUGGACUGAACACAAGGCACCAGAUGGACGUACUUACUACUACAACUCUGAAACUAAGCAAUCUACAUGGGAGAAACCAGAUGAGCUGAAAUCCAAAGCAGAGUUUCUCCUCUCACAGUGUCCCUGGAAGGAAUAUAAAUCUGACACAGGCAAAUCCUACUAUUAUAACUCUCAGACCAAGGAGUCUCGCUGGACCAAGCCCAAAGACCUAGAUGAAUUAGAGGCACUGAUAAAGCAAAAGGAGGAUGUUAGUGCUGAACAGGAGACCCAGUCUGCUAUCUCCAGCCCCUCAACUGCAGUUUCAUCUGAUACAGAGAUGACACCCACUGAGGAACCAGCUGUAGCACAACCCAGUAUACCAGAACCAGUAGAGGCAUCGGAAGUAGAAGCUCCACAGGAAGAAACAUUGCAGUGCCAGAAAGAUAUCUCAAACAGCGAACCACUCAGAAUUGAGGAUGGGGUUAAGGUGGAACCAGAAAAGAGGUCGUAUAACUGGAGCACAAAGGAGGAAGCCAAGCAAUUCUUCAAGGAGCUCCUAAAGGAUAAGGGUGUUCCUUCCAAUGCAACGUGGGAGCAAGCAAUGAAAAUGAUUAUUAAUGACCCGCGAUACAGUGCGCUUCCAAAACUGAGUGAAAAGAAGCAGGCGUUCAAUGCUUAUAAAGCCCAGCGGGAGAAGGAGGAAAAGGAGGAAACCAGGCUCCGAGCUAAAGAAGCUAAAGAAAAACUGCAGCGCUUCUUGGAGCAGCAUGAGAAGAUGACUUCAACCACACGCUACAGGAAAGCUGAGCAGAUGUUUGGAGAGCAGGAAGUUUGGUCUGUUGUCCCUGAGAGAGAUCGCAAGGAGAUCUAUGAUGAUGUGCUCUUCUUCCUGGCAAAGAAAGAAAAGGAGCAAGCAAAACAGUUGAGGAAACGCAAUGUCCAAGCUCUCAAGAAUAUUCUGGACAAUAUGACUAAUGUAAGCUUUCAGACCACGUGGUCCGAGGCCCAGCAGUACCUCAUGGACAAUCCAAUGUUUGCUGAGGAUGAAGAGCUGCAGAAUAUGGAUAAAGAAGACGCGCUUAUAUGCUUUGAGGAACAUAUCCGUGCUCUGGAGAAAGAUGAGGCAGAGGAGAAGGAGAGAACCAGGCUCAGAGAGCGACGACAGCAACGCAAAAACAGAGAAUCUUUUCAGGUAUUUCUUGAUGAACUCCAUGAGACUGGCCAGUUGCACUCAAUGUCUACGUGGAUGGAGUUGUACCCUUCUAUCAGUACAGAUUCUCGCUUUGCCAACAUGCUGGGACAGACAGGUUCAACGCCGCUAGACCUCUUUAAAUUCUAUGUGGAGGAACUGAAGGCUCGCUUUCAUGAUGAAAAAAAGAUAAUUAAAGAUAUAAUAAAGGAUCGCAACUUUAGUGUGGAGGUGAACACAACUUUUGAGGACUUUGCACACAUCAUCAGUUUUGACAAGCGGGCAGCAACGCUAGAUGCUGGAAACAUUAAACUGACAUUUAAUAGUUUGUUAGAGAAAGCUGAAGCUCGGGAACGUGAGCGCGGAAAGGAGGAAGCCCGCAAAAUUCGGAGGAAAGAAGCUGCCUUUAAAAGCAUGCUGAAGCAAUCUGUUCCGCCUCUGGAAACGGACAGCAUCUGGGAUGAAGUGAGGGAACGUUUUGUCGGUGAUCCUGCCUUUGACCAAAUUACUGUGGAAUCGGAAAGAAUCCGUCUGUUUAAAGAGUUUGUUCAUGCUAUUGAGAAUGAAUGCCAGCAUCACCAUGCCAGAAACAAGAAGCACUCCAAGAAAUCCAAGAAGCACCAUCAUAAGCGCUCACAUUCCCAGUCUCCGAGUUCUAUGGACAGAGCAAAAAAGAAAGGCCCAGAGAAUCUCCAAGGGUGGGACGUUCCUGUAGCAGAGAAGGGGUCAGAAUCAGAAGAAGAAAAUCACCACCAUCGGGCACAGAAAAGAAGGAAGCGUAACCAUUCAGAGUCAGGCUCAGAAAUCUCCUCUUCUGCAGAUUCAGAACACAGCUCCAAGAAGUCCAAGAGACAGAAAAAGAAAAACAAGAAAAAGCGCCACAAAUCGAACAGUCCAGAGAGUGAACCUGAGCGAGAGAAAGAGAAGGGUAGGAAGGAAAAGGAACAGGAAAGUGAAACAAUAAAAGAGAGAGCGAAGGAGCGAGACCAAGAAGCUGAAGCGGAGCCCACAGACGGCCGACACAAAUCCCCAAAGCAAAGCACACGGAAGGAGAAAACAGGCUGGGACACAUCAGAGAGUGAGCUCAGUGAAGGAGAGCUGGAGAAGAAGCGGAGAAGCUUGCUACAGCAGUUGGGCGAUGAUCAGUAGAUAGAGGCAGCUUGUAGGCACUGGACUAGCGCGUGGUGUUAGACUCUUUUUAUUUCUUGUUUUAAUUUUUGUUCAUUUUAAGUUAUAUCUGACAAAGGUAGAACUCCUUCCCUAGGAUUUGUACUCCCAAUCUUCUGUUCCAGAGUUCCCCUGCAGUGGAUUCUUCCUGCAUUUCACCGCAGAACCCAGGAACAGACUCAGCCCAUUCUUCCCUGCACCGCUGUACCCACACAGGUGCAUGUAAGCACCAAACACACGUGGAAUGCAACAUGCAUUUGAUGCUUACAUGCUGUCUAGGUGAGUACAGCAUGAUAGGGAAGAAAGGGCUGUGUUUUGACCUGCGGUAGAAUGUAGAAUAGCGCCACCCAGGGGAACAAUGUGCCCUUAGGCUAAUGGCACACAGGCUGCGCAACUGCACCUCCAAUUGACUUCAUUGGCCUGGCCAAGCUAGUACAGGUGUUAUUGGCCUAAAAACUCCCAGUACUAGUGGGGUCAGGCAGUUCCCAUUGAGGUCAAUCAGAAUUGGAAGGCUCGAGGCACUUCUGUGCCAGCUGAAAUAAGCCCUGUGUUCCACAUACAUAGCUCCUAGAUUUAUUCCUAAUGCUGGAUGAUAAUCACAGCUGAUAGAAUGCAAAAUCUCUCACUAAGUGGGGACUCUCAGCUAAAGAAGAACCUAUAGGAACCAUCUCUAAAGCAGAGAUUUGCUAAAACUUGUUGUAAAGUGAAAUCUAUUUAUUAAAAAAAAAAAAAACUUCUUA